CCAAACAAACAUGGACUGGACCUUCUCUCCUGCCUGGAAUAUAAAUACAUGCCCUGACAAAUGUAGCCAUACAGGACUCUUACAUCAAACUGAAAUAUAGAAGCAUGAAAAGGAGCGGAAAGAUGCUUUCCAGGAUGAUUUUUAUUGUUUUGCUUUUCCUACAAUUGUCAGAAGCUGGAACAAGUCUUAUCAGCAAGAGUCACAAAGGAGACAACCCUCUCUUGGAAUAUGUGGUGAAGAAUUCUUUGAGGGAACAUCCAGUGCUGACUAAACUGCGCCUGAGAACGAUGGAGGAUCCUUGGAAGAUGAUGAUGGUGGCAGCAGAGCAAGCUCAGUUUAUGGCUAAUCUGAUAAAACUCAUACAAGCUAACAAAACCAUUGAAAUAGGUAUGUACACAGGAUACAAUGCUCUGAGUAUGGCUCUGAACAUUCCUGAAGACGGCAAAGUGAUUGCAUGUGAAAUCGAUAACGAUUAUGUGGAAAUAGGCAAGCAGUUCUUUAAAGAGGCUGGAGUGGAAAAGAAAAUUGACAUUCGCCAUCAAAUUGCACUUAAAACCUUGGAUGAACUCCUUGAGGCUGGUGAAGCUGAAACAUAUGACUUCGUUUUUAUUGAUGCAGACAAGAAAAACUAUGACAAAUACUACGAGAAAUCCCUCCAGCUGAUUCGUAAAGGUGGCAUCAUAGCUAUUGAUAAUGUCCUUUGGGGAGGAAAAGUGGUAAACCCUGACAAAGACGACAUCACCUCCCAGACAAUUGACCAGCUGAACAAAAAACUACACACAGACCAGCGAGUGGAUCUAAGCAUGCUCACCAUUGGUGAUGGCCUAACCCUGGCUAUUAAAUUAUAGUGUUUUGGUACCAAAAAGGCCACAUAAACUGUAGAUUGUUAAGGUUUAAUAAUAAAAACUAGUCAUCAUUUCUAUAAUUAUUACAUCAUGUGACUCUUUAUUAAAGACUUCAUUUAACAA